AAAAAAAGCCAGUAAUGGCGAGGAUUAAGUUAAUUUCAUUAAUUCUCAAUCCACAGCCCGGGCUCUUUUCGCUCCUUUGUGCGGCCCCCACUGUGACCCUUCCUCCCCCCUCCCCCGCAGGAAAACUCAACUCCGGUUGUGUUUGUCGUCUGCAUGUUCCCGGGAACUCAGGCCAGGAUGACGUCGCCUGGGUAUAAAACAGGGAAGAGGUUCAGAUGGCUCCUACUCCGAGCAGCCGUCUGGGCUGAGCAGGGGGGACCGGGAGGGAGGAGGAGGGAGGGCCGGUGGCGCACGCUCGCUCGCUCGCUGCCGGCGCCCGAUCGCCCGCCCGCUCCCGCUCGCGCUCGCGCCUGGAAACGCGCGGGAAGUUUCGCCCCGGCCCCUCGCCGCGCCCGGGCGUGGGCAAUGCCCGCUGGCAUGUUCAGCAUCGACAACAUCCUGGCGGCCAGACCCCGCUGCAAGGAGGCCGUGCUGCUGCAGCAGAGCGCGGCGCCCGUCGUGUUCCCCAGCCUGCCCGGCGACUCCCUCUACGGCGCCGGCACCGACUACAGCGGAUUUUACUCGCGGGCGGUGGCCCCCGCCUCCAACCUGCCGGCGGUCGGUGGAUCUAGGAUGGGCUACAACAACUACUACUACGGGCAGCUGCAUGUGCAGGCGGCCCCCGUGGGUCCCUCCUGCUGCGGCGCCAUGCAGCCCCUGGGCGCGCAGCAGUGCUCCUGCGUCCCCGGAGCAGGCUACGAGGGCACCGGCUCGGUCCUGAUGUCCCCUGUGCCCCACCAGAUGCUGCCCUACAUGAACGUGGGCACCUUGUCCCGGACCGAGCUGCAGCUGCUCAACCAGCUGCAUUGCCGGAGGAAAAGGAGGCACCGGACCAUCUUUACGGACGAGCAGCUGGAAGCCUUGGAAAACCUCUUCCAGGAAACGAAAUACCCGGACGUGGGCACCAGGGAGCAGCUGGCCAGGCGGGUGCAUUUAAGAGAGGAGAAAGUGGAGGUUUGGUUCAAAAACCGCCGGGCGAAAUGGAGGCGGCAAAAGCGAUCCUCUUCGGAGGAGUCGGAGAACGCCCAGAAGUGGAGUAAAGCGAGCAAAACUUCCCCGGAGAAGCGGCCGGAGGAAGCGAGAAGCGAUUUGGACUCUGACAGCUGAUACCUGCCUCUGCGCGGACUGUCGGGCUGGCGCCCGAGGAUGCUGCUCACUUGCACAAGCUCUGCCUUGUCGGAGGGGGACAGAUGUCUGUACAUAGUGUACCCGGCCCCGGGCUGCUUCCUUGUAAAUAAAACGUGCCGCGGGGUCCGCUGCGCCUCUCUGUGCUGCGCGGGAGGCGAGCCGGGCCGGGCCGAGCUGAGCCGGGCUAGCUUGGUUUUUAGCCCCCCCUCCCCCGCAACCCCCGGUCCGGGGCAGGGGCUGGGGCUGGGGCAGGGGCAGGGCGCGGGGAGCGGGGCGCCGGUCACUGCUGCUCGGGCCGCGGCGAGCUCGGCUCAUGGCGCAGGGGCAACAGAAAGGCCAACUUGUAUUGAGAGCGCAACAAAGCACCAGGCCGGCCCGGCCCGGCCCGGCCCGGCCCGGCGGGAGCAGGCGCGGGGGGACGGCUGUGUGCAGCCGCUGUCUCGAGGGCCGGGCGUCCCCGGACGGCGCCGGCUUGGCCACGCGGCAGCGCCAGGAGCGGGGCAGCCUGGGCCGUGCAGACGGGCUAUGCGCUGCGCUGCGGAGCCGGGCCGAGGGCGCUGGGCCGAGCUGGGGCCCGGGAGGGCGGCUCCAGGCCCGGCUGCUGCCCCAGCCCAGCGCGCCGAGCAGGGGGCGGCGGCAGGCGCGGGCCCGAGUCCUUCCUCUCCCGCCAGGUGUGGCCGAGGCAGCCGGGCCCGCGCUCCCCCCGGCGCCGGCGGGGGGCUGGUGCAGGAGGGCCGCGGCUCGGGGCCCGGGCUGAGCCGUGAGGGCCGAGGGAGAAAGUUGGAGCUCGUUUCUUUCAGGCCCCUUCGCUAGAGCGGCGUGGGCGAGCGGCGGGGAUCGCCUCCUUCGCGGGGCCCCGCGCCACGGCGCGCUUAUAAUAAAAUCCUCGUGCUUCAUCCUCCCCGCUCCGUUAUUACUCGCUCAGCUCUUCUCGAUUGGCUUCUCGCAGACCCGAGGCAAGCUGGAAGCGAGGAAGUAUGUGCGGGCAAAGCAAACCUCGCCUCCCGCUUCUUGCUGUGGCUUCAGUUCCUUUCCUCGUUCUCCUGCUCUGGCUUUCUGGAGGUCCGCCCUGCGGAGUGCCCGAAGAGCCCUGUCUCAUGCCCGUGGAGGGGAGCUGUCGUGUGCCCUCAGUGUAUUCAAACCGCGAUUAGUAAAACUCCAUCAUUAUCAGAUUAAGUUGUAUGCAAGAGGAAGUACAACCCUGCACUGCUCUCGGGGUGGUUUGUAGGAAGCUGCUGAUGGAUGGUUUUCUCCCACUAAGAGGACAAGAUCAUGUUUUGGAAGCAAUUGAGGAGGCCAGUCUCUACACUGUUCCUUCUGUGCAGGCCAAAUAAAGACACCCAUUUUCCCCAUAA